UCUCUCUCUCUCUGUCUCUCUCUCUCUCUGUCUCUCUCUGUCUCUCUCUCUCUCUCUGUCUCUCUCUCUCUCUGCCUCUCUCUCUACUGUCGCACUGACCGAAGCUGCAUCUGCUAUUUGUGUACAAUGGAUGACCACAGACGCCACGAUACAGUCUCAGCUGCAGCAGAGAGAACCCAGAAACAGAUGGAGCUGAAGGAGAUGCAGAGAGAAUUCCAGCAGAAGAUCCAGGAGAAACAAAAGCAGCUACAGGAGCUGGAACAGGCUGUGAACACUGUUAAGAAAAUCAACAGAAUGAGUGUUGAAGAACUCCUGGAGAAACUGGAGCAGGAUAUUGCGGAUCUAAACAGGAGAAACACUGAGCUGGAGCAGCUUUCACUCACAGAGGAUCACAUCCAUUUCCUGCAGAGUUUCCAGUCUCUGAGCGUCUCUUCUGGAUCUGAGGACUCCUCCAGCAUCUCUGUCCAUCACCAUAUCUCAUUUGAUGGACUGAGGAUGUCUCUCUCUGAUCUGAAAGAGAGACUAGAGGAGUUCUGCAGAGAGGAGUUCAGUCAAAUCCCUCCACAGGCUGCAGCAGCUCCUUCAUUCCUCUCAGAACCAAAGAGCAGAGAAGAUUUUCUACAGUAUUUCUGUCAAUUGACUCUGGAUCCUAACACAGCGCAUCGUCACCUCAUCCUGUCUGAGAAGAACAGAGUGGUGGAGUGGAGUGAAGACCAGUGUUACCCUGAUCAUCCAGAGAGAUUUGAAGACUUGCCUCAGGUGUUGAGUGUGGAGAGUCUGAGUGGACGCUGUUACUGGGAGGUUGAGUGGAGUGGAAAGGUCUACAUGUCAGUCUCAUAUAAAGAGAUCAGCAGGAAAGGAGAGAGUUAUCAAUGCAAGUUUGGACGUAACGAUCAGUCCUGGAGUCUGCUGUUUUAUUCUUCUCUCAUCUUCUCCCACAACAACAUUAGAACUGCGCUCCCAAUACUUCCAUCCUCCAGAAUAGGAGUUUACGUGGAUCACAGUGCAGGAAUUCUGUCCUUCUACAGCGUCUGUGACACAAUGAUCCUCCUAUAUGCAGUCCACACCACAUUCACUCGGCCUCUCUACGCUGGGUUCUGGGUUGGUUAUGACUCACCUCUGAGGUUGUGUGAUAAAAAUGAUGGUGGUGAUCGUGGCUGAUUUGACUAGGUGUCUGGUCUUAGCAGCUCUUUUUCCUCAUCUAAUUAUAUUUCAUCAAUUAAGUCUAUUAAGAGUGAUGAUCUUCUUAAAAUCUCUGGUUUAUUACACUCUAAACGUCUGUUAACACAGAGUCUAAUUUUCACUCAUGUUAUGUUUUGUAGAUGAACAUAUUUGUAGCUGAACCAAACCAACCAGCUACAAAUCAAGACAUUAGAAACAUUUACACAGAGCAGAAAAAAAUUCAAGAAGAAGAAGAAGGAGGCAAAUGUGUAAGACUGUACUUAUUGUUUUAAGGUCAGAAUGUACAACAGAUUCCCAAAAGCUUUACUUCCACUCCAACACUUUUCAGCCAAAUUUUAGCCAUCAGGUAUUUUUCUCUGCUGAUUUUACAGUAAACGUUUCUGCUUUUAUGGUUUAUACUAUAGUUCUAUGUACUAUAUACAGUGAUUGAUUUGGGUCUUUCUAUUUUUGUGGUUCAUUUUUAAUCACUCCUUUUUCCAGCAAAUGGCCAGCCCUGCAUUACCAUGAAACAAGGAAUUUACAUCAUUGUCCUGAUUACAUUAAUUUAUUCAUUUAUAUAAGGCUUCAGAGACAGUGGAGCCAAAUGGUAGAGGACAGCUAGUCAGCUUGAGUUUAGGCUUUUUUGUUUCCUCCUUUUGAGUUUAAUAAAGAGCAACUUCCAGCAUGAGCUUCACCCUAGUCUUCCUCUGCUUGAUGCUACAAUACAAAACACAACUCUAUUUAUUUUAAAUUAUUUAGUAUUAUAAUAUCCCCUGACAUUUUGUUUGGGGAUAGGAACACUAAAGAGACCCAUUUGUGUGAUCUAGGUAUUGUAUUGUGCUGGGGAGUGGGUUUAGUCGGGGGUUGGGGUUGUUUUGUGCAUGGGUGGGUUCACUGUCAGGGCAAAGCCUGUGGCUUGUGGUGACCACCCUGCAGAUUUGUGUAGGGUGUGCCUGUUCUGAUGGUGUAAAAAUAAGAGCAUUUUCCUGAACAUGGCUUAUCCUGAUCCUUCCUCUGAGCAUCCACACUGCAUCCAAGUCUUUUGGCUCUGACUGUACCCCUUCACCACAUACAAGACAACCUACAUGUCAGACUUGAUGCUUAAAAAGUUCACAUUUCUUUUUGGAAUAAUCUUCCAGUCAGUGUUCGGGACACAGCCUCAGUCUUUAAGUCUAGGCUAAAACCCACUUGUUUAGUGGAGGCUUUAGUAAUUAGUGUUUCCCUUUUAGAUAAAAGGUGCAUAUCUGGUGGUUCAUGGUCAUAGAGUAUUAUGGUAAACUGGGAAUGCUGGUGCUGUCGUCCCGUUGCCUCACUCACUCACUCACUCACUCAGGUUUGUUGACAGUGUAGUGGAGGGGCGCUGACUUCUCAGGGAGCCUCAUGAUGCUGUUACUUUCUGGUUUCUCCUUUUUAGUAAAGGGCUGUAAUAAGUAGACCUGCUGAAGUCUCUGCUGCUCUGUUAACACUGUAAUCUGUGAUCAGUCACUCUUUACAGAACUGACUCUGUGUGUUUUCCUUUGUUUGCCGAGUUGAGCAGCCGCCCGUCCUGUGCAUCUGAUGGUGUUGCUUCUUCAGCCUUGAUCAGGUCCCACUGCUAGCCAGCCUUCUGGACCGGCUUGUCCACCAUUGAGCUUCAUGCUGUACAAUGCUGUGCAAAUCUUACCCUCAUGAACUGACCCUGCUGCUUCUGCUGCAUAAACACAGUGAUGCUCUGGUGACGCUCACGGGAGCUCGGAUUCAGAUUUUUCCUGUAAAGCUGCUAUGUGACCACACCUGUUGUAAAAAGUGCUAUAUAAAUAAACUUUGCUUG